AUGAAGCAAAAUAUUGGACGGGGCGAAUUUUCUCAGUUCCCCAAUUUGUCACAGACAAGCUGCCAGGAAGACGACGUUUCAACUUACGUUCAACAUUUAAAUGCCCUCUAUUCAGAUUUUGAAUCUAGGUUUGAGGAUAUUUUGUCUAUGGUAAUACCACCGUGGAUAAUUAAUCCAUAUGGUGACAUAGAAGAAACGAAUGUCAUAAUACAAGAGGAAUUGACUGAACUAAGUACAAACGAAGAUCUUAAGGUUCAGUUUAAAAACGGAUCAGCAAUUCUGGCUGCAAAACAACAUACCCGUUACUUAUCCCGUAUUAUGGAAUAUAGCGAGGAAAUUUUUAGUUUCCUUUCCAUCGUCAUACCUAGUGGAAAGGGGGUUCAGCGCUGUUACCAAUCUCCUACCGAAAAAAAGAAACAGACUGGACAUCAUUACCCGAGGGGAUUUAAGAUUAACCCUUACAAAAUUGACGCCAAACGUUGA